AUGUCAACUAAGACUAAUCUCCGAGCUGUCCAGGAAAGAGGAAAAUUCUCGGAAUGUGUUCGACAAGGAGUUUUACUACAGCUCUAUGGAGUCAUAUGGCGAAAUUGAUGCUCUUGAAGAGUAUCUGGAAGAAUUGGAAGAUGAAUGGGAAGAGUUGAAGAAGAUAGAAGAAGAGAGAAAGAUGAGAAGAUAUUGAUAGAAAUGGUGCUCAAUGAGACACAGGAAUUGAAGGAACGGUGAUUGACUCAGAAGAACUGGUGCAAGCUGUGUAUAAGUGCAGGGAGUUACCUCAGUCAUUCAUUAGUGGGAGAAUGGAAGCCCAGGCAGAAACCACUGGGACAGAACAAAAAGUUGAAUGAAAGCAAGAGCAAUACGGCAGAGCAGCUGCUGGGCAAGCAGACAAAUCGAACUAAGAAAAAAAAGUUAGAGAAGGUCCAGAAUUGAGAAGAGAGAGUAGAGGAGAAGGAAAAAUAA